GGAGAAUGGCUUCACGUGACUAUGUUGGAGAGGAUGUUUGCAGUUUGAUUGGAAAUACUCCUAUGGUUUAUCUAAACAGAUUGCCAAAUCCUAAUGGUGCACGUGUAGCUGUCAAAAUUGAGUGGAUGAAUCCAGCUUGUAGCGUUAAAGACCGAAUUGCUCAUGCAAUGGUUAUUACUGCUGAGCGUGAAGGGAAGAUUAAGCCUGGAAAGACGACUUUAAUUGAGCCAACUAGUGGAAAUACUGGAAUUGCACUUGCGAUGGUAGCUGCUGCUCGUGGUUAUCGUCUUAUUUGUGUAAUGCCUUCGACUAUGAGUGGAGAACGACGUACUCUUAUUCGGGCUUUUGGCGCUGAGAUGGUUUUAACUGACCCUGUUCUUGGAAUUAAAGGAACUAUUGAUAAGGCUAAUGAACUUGCUAAAAUUAUUCCAAAUUCGUUUAUGCCUCUUCAAAUGACUGGGGCUGGUCGUUAUCUCCGAGAGAGGAAGCCUGAUAUUCAACUCUACGCUGUUGAGCCAACCGAAAGUGCUGUUUUGAGUGGUGGACAGCCUGGUCCACACAAAAUUCAGGGGAUGGGUGCCGGCAUAGUUCCUGCCGUUUUGGACACCAAACUUUAUAAUGGAGUUAUUACCGUUUCUUCUGACGAGGCUAUUGCUAUGGCAAAGCGUGCAGCACUUGAAGAGGGUCUUCUUUGUGGUAUUUCUAGUGGGGCUAAUUUGGUUGCGGCACUUCGUGUUGCUGAGAGGCCAGAAUUGAAAGGAAGGCUUGUUGUUACUGUACUUCCAAGUUUUGGUGAACGUUAUUUGACAACUACUCUUUACUCUGACAUUCGUGAGGCUACUGCUGCUUUGACUCAUACUGAGACUUUAGAGGAGAGUGUUAAUCGCAUCAAUGCCAAUCCUCGCUGGGCGAACUCUCAUUAA